UUCGCCCUUCUACCCUCGCCACAAGGGCUCACCGCCACGCGCUUCGCUCCACGACCGCAUCAGCACGGGCGUAGUGCAACACCACUCGUCCACUCACAGCUGCAGGAAAAUACGGUGCGCACCAGGCUGCGAAUACACGUGCGGAUGCCUCAAAGGUAGAAUUCGCCCCAUGUCAUGCGCAUAGCCAACUGUUCCCACUUGUUGACUCUAGCGUCGAAUCACGCACCGGUAAAAGGUAACAGGCAACAAGGCUGUGAAGUGCCUACAUAAACGUCCCUGAAGGCCUCGCGGAGUCACUUUCUUUUCGUCCCACUAACUUUGUUUGUGAUCCGGGCGCACAGAGCUCAGUCUCACGCCCAGCUAUUGCCCCCUCACCACAUUUGCCGCUGAGUUUGAUUCCCCAAGCAAUCCCAACAAAAGAUGCCUUCAAGAAUCCGAUCUGAUUCUACCUCGUCCGCCUCGUCGUCCGAGGACGAGCAGGCGCCCAUCACCAAUGGCGCAAAAGUGGCCAAUGGCACCACGAACGGCGUGAGCAAAGAUGAUGACAAGUCCGACGAGUCGGAGGAGCCGGAGGAGCACAUUGACCCCGGAAUGAAGAGCGGCUUCAAGAACUUCUACUCCGGCAAGGAAGACAAGAAAGGCCGAUACCAAUGGCAAGAAAAGAUCCCCGAGGACAUCGGAAACCCGACGGAGAACGAUAAGACGGCGAAGUGGGCUCUGCUCGUCCGGAACGUCAAGGUUUACAAUGACCCCCAGAAGGUGCUGGCCAUCCAUUCCAUCGUCGUUCAAAGCCCGCUGCUCAAGAAACUGCUCGCCGGCGUCCUGAAGGGCUACCCUGGCAUUGCGGUCGGCCUAAACCGCCUGGAGCUGUCGGGCAAGUUCGAGCCUCUGAUCCACCGAUGGGCGGAGCUCCAAGCGGCUAUCGCCAAGCUUGGUGAUGAGACCGAAGAUGAACGGAUGACGAAGGAGCAUGCCAAUCUUCUUCAAGAUAUCCUGGUGAAGGAGUUUAAGAGUCUCAUCGAUACGUCGCAGGAUAUGAAGAGCAAGCGUGUCAUCACGUAUGAACUCCUUUGGACGCUAUUCCAACCCGGUAUCGCCGUCUUCUCACGACAGGAUGGUCAAGAAAUGGCGAUGACGCUUGAGGACACAAGAUACGGCCAAGACUGCAAAGGCAACCCCUGCUUCUGGAUCACGUGCAAAUAUGUCGAUUGGGAUGGCACUAAGUUUGGCACCAGCAAGCUCAACCUGUCCAUCUACGAAUACAAAGGCACACGCCACAUUUCGCAGCUGCGAGCGUUCCCGCUCGAAUACCACCCUGAUGCGAAGGCACUCAAGGCUCGCCUGAUUGAACGAGGCGCCAAGGCAGAGGCUCUCGCUGGCCCGAACUAUAGGGCAUAUCACGGCAUCGGCUGGCGACAUGGCGCGUUUGGCACGAAGGACAAGUACAAUGUUAAAGGGCGAAUUGUGAUCGACACUUACGGCUGGAAUCGCUUUAAUCCGAGUUACGCUAUCUUCGUCGCGCCCCUCACUCAGAAAGAGCCCACACAAGAGUCGCACGAAGACGGUGAGGAGAGUGACGGCGAGGAAGAGUGCGACGGUGGUUACGAUGCCGACGACAGCGGGAUGCCCAUGGAUGGCCAUUUCGCAGACGAGGAAGACGCUGCACGACGCCUACCCCUGACGGCUGAACAGAAGCUUAUCUGCACGCCCCUUCUCCGUGGAUACAGCUUGAAGAGCAAGCUCUGGUUGAACUUCUUCGUCAACUCGGUCAAGGAGAUUGAGUGGCAGAAGGAUGCAUUCGAUCGACUGGUGUUGCCCAAGAACCAAAAGGAGCUUAUUCUCGGCUUCACCGAGUCUCAACGAAAAUACCGCGAAACCUUUGAUGACGUUAUUGAAGGUAAAGGACGAGGCAUGAUUGUACUUUUGUGUGGUCCGCCGGGAGUUGGAAAGACGCUCACUGCCGAAUCGGUCGCCGAGGAGAUGAAGGUGCCCCUGUUCAUGAUGAGUGCAGGAGACCUUGGCCUUGAUCCGCGCAAAGUAGAGACGAAACUUCAAGACAUCCUUGAGAUGUGCACGCGCUGGCAAAGUGUCCUGCUAUUAGACGAGGCAGAUGUCUUCCUCGAGCAGAGGUCGCUGCAUGAGCUGGAGAGAAACAAGCUCGUAUCGAUCUUCCUCCGGGUGUUGGAGUACUUUGAAGGCACCAUGUUCCUCACCACCAACCGCGUUCAGACAUUCGAUCCGGCCUUCCAGUCGCGUAUCCAUAUCUCAUUGGACUACCAAGAACUGUCCAUUAAAUCUCGCCGGACCGUGUGGAAGAACUUCCUCGACUCGUCACCCCAGGACCAUUCGAUUACUAAGCAAGAGCUGGAAGAGCUUGCGCGCAUGAAUAUGAACGGUCGACAGAUCAAGAAUAUCCUCAAGAUCGCCCGGUUGCUUGCCUCACGGAAGGACGCCAAGCUGAGCCACGAUCACAUCAUUACUACUCUUGAAGUGACUCAGCACCUUCACAACGAGACGCAGUUUUCGGAGCGAACGAGGGGGAGUCUCUACGGCUAAGUGGUUCCAAGCGUUUGAGGAGGUCCGAGUUGAGCCUGGGCAACCUCUUCAGCACGGCGGGCAGAUCGUCUCCAUUCCAGGGUGAUGGGGGUACAUGUGCUGAGCGCUGUGGACUCUGCCAGCAUGGACAAUGUUCUCACGAGACUGUGGGAAUGUGAUACGUCUGGAAUACGACUUGGAGACAGAAGGAGGCCACUCCGGUCAGAGUUAGUGGGCCGAGCGGAACGACAUGUGGUCGCACAGCACAUGCACAACGUUGGUGUAGGAUCGCCAGAGUUACCUUUCGUUACCCAUUCAACUCUUGAUUCUUCAAUUUUCAUCAUUGGGGAUGCAUGUUUCUUCCUCUUUUGUAUUUAGCUAAUUCCCAUAGAUCCUGAUCAAGGGCAUAUCUUCCAACUGUCGUGAGAU